AUGAGCAUACCCAGGCUGUACGCCGUGAUGUCGACAGGGGACAGGCGGCCCCGUCGCGGGGGUAGCAACGCCCCUCGCUGGCUACCUCUUCUUUGUGUUAUCCUUACUAUUUGUCAAGAGGAGCAAAGAGAUGGCGGUGUACGGUGCUGCUGUCUGGAUGCAAACGCUGAGCCGGCGUCCUCCAGUAUCACUCAGAAAGACGAUAGUCCUUCUGGCGAGGGGACACAAACGGGGCCCGGGAAGGAGCCACUCAUCGGUCUCCAGCGGGCUGCGCGCGAGGCAAGACCGCCGCUGGGAGAGCCUGGAGAUGCGAUCAUUGAGCACCUGGUCGCGUCAACAGCAGACCAGCCACACGAGACAAAUGACCCGCCCUCGACGGCAGCCGCGUACGACCAAGCACUGUCUGAGACGUUUUGGAAGAAGGGCAGUGCUAUCGGUUUGGUCUCCGAACGGCUCAGAAGGAAGAGGAGAACAUUUGUGAGGGACAAAGUCUUCGACUACGGUGACUACGGCUUCGUGUUCACAGCAACCGAGUUGGAGACGCGCUCCGAAUUCGUUGUCAAAACCUCUCACUUUAUGCACAAACCAUCGGCGCAGGAUAUGGGUUUUUUUCGCAGGGAGGGACGAUGCACAGACUUGUUUGCGGAGGUGCAAUCCCCGCAGCAGGCGCAAGAUUUUUUAAGGUUCAUGGUCGCCUUUGAGUCCAUGGAAAUUCCCAACCAGCCGAAAACGCGGGACGCGUAUGUGGACACCCGCUGCAUUUGGAUUCAAAAUUCGUUCAUGCUGAUGCCCAAGGCACACACAGACCUUAGCAAGGUCCUUCGUGCUUUACCGUCCUACGGCCGUCAAAACAGCGACCUGGCGUACAACGCCCGGCUGCAACUUACGUAUCAGGUAGUAAGACUAGCAGCGAACCUCCAAGACCAGGGCGUGGUACAUAAUGACAUAAAACCUGAGAACCUACUCGUCAUGAGGGAUGGUCGCGUGUUUUUGGGCGACUUUGGCAACGUGCAGAAAGCGCGACGGAAGAUCCAACUGCAUCGUCGUUCCUCGAAGAGAUUCGCCGCCGACUCUUGGGCAGUGGGGACAGUGUUGUACAUUAUCUGGUGCGGCCGGCCACCUUUUAAUCGAUUUACUCCCUUCAGCAGUUGGCAACUAAACUACGAGGAUUGUCCUUCGCUGUCGGGGCAUGUUAAACAUCUGAUCGAAGGGUUCCUUAUCCGCUCACCGGAGCAUCGCCUCCUCGCUGUGCCGGCUGUGCGCAGUCCGGAGUUCAAGCAGAUUCAUGAGGAAAUCCGCCGCGCAUUACCUGCGUACCAAUCCAGGACGCUGUCUGCAGGACUGGGAGAGCUUCGUUAG